UUGCAGCCAAAACAUAAGAAGUGGAUCGACAAAAAACAUUCGAAAACUUAUCGUUUAAUUCCUCAGAUUAAUGAAUCUGGUGGCGAGUGUGCACAAAAAUCGGUGCAAGAAAAGGAUGUGGAAGAACACGACAGGUGUGGUAUAUAUUUUAAUGAUGACUACAAUUAUUUGAAACACCUCAAGAGUGUUAAUGAGGCAGCGAAAAGCACAAUGGAACGAACAGUUAUUAAAGUUCCUCCAAGAAAAACAAAUCUUUCAGAAAAUGUCUUCGAAGCAAAUGGUUAUGAAAUUAGUGUUGAGCUUUUGAAGCAAGGCAUAUUACCUGCGGAAAUGCACAUAGAUCCAGAAAUUAUUUCGGAGAUAACAGAUGAUGAAUUCGAAAAUCCUACAAAUGAUCUAGAAGAUGAUUUUGUUCUACAAGCUAGUGGUGGUGAAAUACCGUCGUUAGAACCACCAGUUCCAUUUCCGUCGAAAAAAAAUGAAUUCCGAGAAGUGCGUUUGGAGAAUGAAUUUGAAUCUGAUGAUAGAUCAGAGUCGGAGGAAAUAUUGGCUGUUGCUAUUACUACAGAAAUCAAAUGUUCUUUUCUAGAAGACUUUUCGGAUCAUAACGAGCAAGUAUUGAAGGAAGAUAGUUUUGUUCCUAUUGAGAGCAAGAAGAAACUACGAUAUAUUGAUGAACAGUUCGAGAAAAUGUGUGAAGAAUAUAGCGAAGCGGAUAGUGAAGCAAAUGAGGACGAAAAUGAUGGCAUGUUAGAUCCUAAUUCUGAUCACAUAAAAACGCUUGCAAAAGAAUUCAAGAAUAAAAAGAUAGAACUUGUUCUGUUUGUUAAUGAGCGUACUUUGGAGGAAAACGAUGUAGUAGCCCGUCGAUAUGCAGAAAUAUAUGAUGAAGACGAAGAGGUAGAGGAGGAAUUGGAACGUGUUGCUAUAACUUGUUCUGAUAAGAAAAAAGCAAAAUGGGACUGUGAAACUAUUGUUUCGACUUACUCGAAUAUUUAUAAUCGGCCUACAGUUAUUGCUGAUUCGUCGCAUAAGCGAAGACUGAAGCCAGUUCUGCGAGAAAUUGAUGUUAACUUCCAAUUCAAUUUAAUUUGUGAAAGCAUAAUCAGUAUUCCUUAUGGUAUGCAGAAAAUGGAUGAAACACAGACUGAAGUUUCAAAAACAUCAGUAUCAACCAGAAGAACACGAGGAGAAACAACGGAGGAACGAAAAAAUAGAAAAUCAGUCAUUAAAUUGAUUCGAGCGGAACGUAGGGCUGAGAAAAAAUGUAAUAAAUUGGCAUUCAAGGAAGAAAGGAAGAAGCUAGCUGCAUCUAGAAGUAAACUGCCUAUAAAAACAUUGCCUAUUUUGUGA